AGCGGCCAUACUCGGUCGACGAACAGCAAUUGCUUUUCACCCUGCGAGAAGAUCUUACGCUGCUACGAGAAUGCCUUCCAUCAAACGCAGAGCGACAUCGCCUGUGCGUCCGACAGGUCCUUCUCCAAGUAAGAAGAAAUUGAAAAGCGAAAAUCAAGAAGAUGGUAUGCCGCUCGCCGAGAAACAUGGCAUCAUCCAACGUGACUUCUACCCACCCGAAAUGAGCAACGAACGUUGCGCACAAUAUAACAACAACGAGAUUCCGCGUCCCAUUGAAGUCCUCAACACUGCCCUUUCAUCUACAAAAUCCGCCCGCGAGAAGAUUCCACCUGGCUCAUCCGUCGUCCACUGGUUCAAGCGAGAUCUCCGACAAUCGGAUAACCGCUCUCUGGAAGCAGCGAGUAAACUUGCAAAGAAGCAUGGCAUCCAUCUGAUCUGCAUGUUUAUUGUUUCGCCCGAAGAUUAUCAGGCGCAUUUGACGAGUCGGGCACGCGUGGAUUUUGAUCUCAGGAACUUGGAGGUGUUGAAGCAGGAUUUGGCAGAGAAGGAUAUUCCUUUGUUUGUGGAGACUGUCGAGAAGAGGAAGGAUGUGGUAGAGCUUGUAUUGGAGAAGUGUGAGGCAUGGGCCGCGAAGCAUUUGUUUUGCAACAUGGAAUACGAGGUUGACGAGCUGAGGAGGGAGGCGAAGUUGGUGAAGAAGGGUCUGGAGAAGGGAGUGAGUGUGGAGUGCUUACACGAUGAUGUGGUCGUUCCGCCUGGAGCAUUGAAGACGGGAGCCGGGAAGCAGUAUAGUGUUUAUUCGCCGUGGUAUCGAGCUUGGGUGAAACAUGUACACGAGCACCCGUAUUUGCUAAGGGAGAGCGAGCCACCGGUGGCGAAUGACCCAAGCGCAAGGGAGAAGUUCAAGGAGCUUUUCGAGUGCGAGAUCCCGUCUGCGCCAGCAAACAAGGCCCUCGCAGAAGGAGACAGGAAACGUCUGGCAUCACUCUACCCGCCUGGCGAACACGAAGCACACGAACGUCUAGGUCGCUUCAUCAAACAAAAAGUCACCGCAUAUCAAGACGAACGAAACCUCCCCGCCGCACAAUCGACCUCCAACCUCUCCGUACACUUCUCCGCCGGCACACUCUCCGUUCGCACCGCCGUCCGCGCCGCCCGCACAGCAAACAGCACCCCCAAACUCGAUCUCGGCAACGAAGGCAUCAAAACCUGGAUCUCCGAACUCGCCUGGCGUGACUUCUACAAACACGUCCUCGCUCACUGGCCUUACAUUUGCAUGUCCAAACCCUUCAAAUACGAAUACUCCGACGUAGAAUGGGAAUACGACGACGCUCUCUUCGAGAAAUGGACCUCUGGCAUGACGGGUUUCCCCAUCGUCGACGCUGCAAUGCGUCAAUGCAAAGAGAUGAGCUGGAUGCAUAACCGCUGCCGCAUGAUCGUCGCUUCGUUCCUCGCCAAAGAUCUUCUACUCGACUGGCGACAAGGGGAGAAAUAUUUCAUGGAGACUCUGAUUGAUGGGGAUUUUGCGAGUAAUAAUGGUGGGUGGGGGUUUAGUGCUUCGACAGGUGUGGAUCCACAGCCUUAUUUUCGGAUUUUCAAUCCGCUGUUGCAGAGUGAGAAGUUUGAUCCGGAGGGGGAGUAUAUUAGGAAGUGGGUGCCUGAGUUGAGGGGUAUCAAGGGUAAGGCGGUGCAUGAGCCUUAUGCGAGGGGCGCGGCGAAGGAGGCGAAGAAGAAUGGGUAUCCGGAGCCUUGUGUGGAGCAUGCGAAGGCCAGGGCGAGGGCGCUGGAGAGGUAUAAGAGUGGAUUGGGGAGGGGAACGGCGAAUGUUGGAGGAGGAGUGCAUAAUUGA